AUGGCUUCGCAAGCGUCUCAUAUAUCUGUAGGAGCGCUUAGUGCGAUCUUUGAUGGCACAAAGCCUCAGUUUAAUGAGCCUAUCGUCCAAUGUGUCCAAGUCAAGCCGUUGCCACCCCAGACAAACAACCAAGAGCGUUAUAGGGUUGUGUUUAGCGAUGUAUCAAACUAUGUUCAGACGAUGCUUGCAAUCCAGGCAAAUCAUUUUGUGACAGAUGGGUUACUUCGCAAAGGAUGCUUUGUGAAGCUGAAGCAGUUCCAGGCCAACUCGGUCAAAGGGAAAAAAAUUCUUAUCAUUCUUGACCUCGAAGUUCUCAAGGACUUAGGGGAAGCGGAGAAAAUCGGCGAGCCAAAACCAUUGGAGAACAAACUGGAGGAGGAUGAGAAGCCACAGUCUACAACAAUAUCGAGCAACGGGUUUUACGGUGCCAAACCCCAAAAUGCACCUUCACAAGUCAACUCACGACCGCAGCAAAUGCGUCCCGUGCAGGGUCCUGCAACCGCAACUAUUUACCCCAUAGAGGCCCUCUCCCCCUAUGCCAAUAAAUGGACGAUUAAAGCGCGCUGCACUAGCAAAUCUCCUGUCAAGCAUUGGCAUGGAAGAAGCGGCGAUGGCACGCUUUUCAGUGUCAAUUUGCUAGAUGAUAGUGGCGAAAUACGCGCCACCGGGUUCAAUGACCAAUGCACUGCUCUGUAUGAUCUGUUUCAAGAAGGGGGCGUUUAUUACAUAUCUAGCCCAUGCCGUGUUCAGAUCGCUAAAAAGCAGUUUACAAACCUUAACAAUGACUAUGAGCUUACCUUUGAGCGAGAAACCCUGGUUGAGAAGGCGGAAGACCAGAAUGAUGUUCCUCAAGUGCGCUUUAACUUCACCACUAUUGGGGAUCUACAGUCUGUUGAGAAAGAUACCACAAUCGAUGUGAUAGGAGUGUUGAAAGAUGUCGGGGAUACCACCCAAAUCGUGUCAAAAACAACAAAGAAACCCUAUGAUAAACGUGAACUUACUUUGGUUGACAACACAGGGUUCUCAGUCCGUUUGACUAUAUGGGGCACUACGGCGAUGAACUUUGGCGCUACACUAGAAUCUGUGGUGGCGUUUAAGGGCGUUAAAGUUUCUGACUUUGGCGGGAAGAGCUUGAGUUUACUCAGUUCGGGCUCUGUGACCGUGGAUCCCGAUAUUGAAGAAGCUCAUAGACUAAAAGGCUGGUAUGACGCGCAGGGUAGGGACGAAAGUUUUGCCUCUCAUGCUCCAUCGACCGGGGCGAUGUCCGGAAUGAAACGCGAUCGAUUCAAGACGAUCGCACAAGUUCGAGAGGAGCAGCUUGGGAUGUCAGAGGAACCAGCGUAUUUUUCGCUCAGAGCCACUGUCGUCUACAUAAAGCAAGACAACCUGUGUUACCCAGCAUGCCUUUCAGAGGAUUGCAACAAGAAAGUUACAGAGCUUGAUCCUGGCCAGUGGCGAUGUGAGCGCUGUGAUAAGACACACCCGCGAGCGGAAUAUCGAUAUAUAAUGCUUAUUAACGUCAGCGACCAUACUGGACAGCUGUAUCUCAACUGUUUUGAUGAUGUUGGCCGAUUAAUGAUGGAUACAAGUGCAGAUCAACUAAUGGAAAUGCAACAGAACGACGACAAAUUAGUUGGUGACAUCAUCCAAAACGCCAAUUGCCGUACCUGGACUUUUGGAUGCAGGGCAAGAAUAGACCAUUAUGGGGACCAGCAACGUAUUCGAUAUCAAGUGUCGUUUGCAAGACCCGUCAACUACUCUGAAGAGGCCUCACGUCUCGCAGAUAUGAUAGACAGCUACAAUCUGUCCUAG